UGCCUGACCACGGCAGCUCUUUGAACCGUUGUGGCUCAGUUAGCUCAUCAGGAAAUGGGGUGGAGAUGAGGGGUAGAGGGGGGGGACUGGCCAGGGCAAGUCUGAGCAGGAGAUCCAGGGAAAGCCUUGCAAGAGGUCAUGACCUGGGAGCCUCCAAACAAGGCACUGGUGCCUGGCUCUUCCUGUCACUGAAAUGUCCCUGCAGGCAGGGGAAGCUGAAGAGGGAGGUGGAGAAGCACAGACUUUUUGAAGACUCUCUGAUUGAGGUCCUCGAGAAGAUCCCCAAGGGCCACAGUGAAGGGGAGGGGCCGGAGGAGGCCCUCGUGGAGACCGUGGUGGAGCACUACGGGAAGCUCUUCACCAUCAACCAGGACAUCCAGAAGCAUCUGGAGGCCUUCUCCAAGAGGAACCAGGUCGUCCACCAGAGCCUGGGGUCUCUAGAGGAGAGUCAUAGGGCUCUUACCCCGGAAUUUAUGUUGGACAAAAUGGAGACAGUGAGAUUUAUAUCACUGCGCGUGGAACCCAGAGUGUGCUGGUCAGCGGACAGUGACAAGAGCGAGGGCCUCAGAAGAUACCCCAGGUCCUUCAGGAAAUGCCCAAGGGAUCGAGAUUCGAUUCCCCAAAUGCCCUUUCCCAGCACCCAGACUUCAGCACGCUCCAGCCCAUAUGGACCAGGCCAGCCACCAAGCCAGCCCUGCCAGCCUCAGGACCAUCUCCUUAGCCCCUCGGCCUCCUUUUGUCACCACAGUGCCCCCAAGUGGCUGGAUGUCCUUGGGCUGGGGGUGGAAGAGCUUGGUCUGGAUGAAAGCACUGGUUUGACACCCUCCUGGUGA